AUGACUGCCGCUAGAGGUCCAAAAGCGGAGCGCCAAACCCAACUCUCAUCGGCCAGACUAGUGCUGCGCGGAGCAAGGCCCGAAGAUGCAACACACCUGCAUGUUGCAUUCAAUCAUGCGGACGUUAUGAAGUAUUGGUCAACACUUCCACAUGCAAGCGUCGCAGAAACACAAAAGUGGGUGAACGGAAUGAUCGCGGCGCCGUGCAAUGGUGUGACAGACUUUAUCAUUUGCCUGAAAACAGCCACACCAGAGGGCCGGCUGAGCCUGCAGCCCAUCGGAAAGGCUGGAGUUUGGCGCGACCAGGAGAUCGGCUUCAUGAUUGCACGGCAGUUCUGGGGACAAGGGCUGGCAACCGAGGCCGUGUCGCUCGUGAUCGACCAUUUAUUCUUUGGCGGCGACAACGAGAGAAGCUUGGUUGGGGACCUCAUUGUGGCCGACGUCGACCCGAGGAAUGAGGCUUCGUUGAGGGUCCUGGGCAAGUUGGGUUUUGUGGUGUACGAUACCAAGGAGAAGACUUUUGAGAUUGGCGGCGAGUGGGUGGAUAGCACAUAUUUGCGAUUGGGUAGAAAAACGUGGCAGGAGCGUCGGAAGCACUGCUGA